ACUUGAACAGACCAUAGGGAGCAAGCCAGAAUCACUACAUCUGCGCAGUGAGGAGGAUUGUCGAUGCCGUCCAUCCGGGCAAUGCACGCUACAGUAUCAAGAUUCUUCAUGACAAAGCGCAGGAUGAACCUGCGCAGAAACGACGAGCGAAGGGGAGAAUGGGCAGAGAACGCGCCAUGAUAGAGUGGAUGUCCGCUUUCACUAGCGUACCAGUGCCCAAGAUGCUCUUGCACGAAGUCAGUAGGGAAGGGACCCCGUAUAUGAUCACAGAGUCCCCUCGAGGAACUCCUCUCUACGGACAUUUCACCGACCUCUCAGAUGGGCAGAAGCAAGCGAAUCUGCAAUCCUACGUCGACCUCACCCUCUCGCUCUUCCGCGUCCCCUGCCCCUCCUACAUCGGCAGCAUCGUCUUCUUCUCCGCCGCCUCCGACACCGCCCGGCUCGGGCCAUGCACGCACCCGCUCGACGGCACGCGCGCCCCGGCCGUCUUCGAGGGCAUCGAGGACUACUUCGGGUGGCUCCUCAACAAGAAGCGCACGCUCCUCUCCGCCGCCGCCGCCCGCGACUACGCCGACGCCGACAACGACGUCAAGCCCGCGUAUGGCUCGCGCGCAAAAGGGGCCGCGACGAACGCGAAGCUGGAUCGGGAGCAGGCGCGGAUCCGCCGCGCGUUCGCGAGGCUCGAGGUUCACCUCGCGGAGGCGCUGCGCAACCUCGACGAGCCCCUCUUGCGGUGCGUGCCCGUGAACGAGGAUAUGGGCCCGCGCAACGUCUGGCUCGACGCGGAGGGCCGGAUCGCGGGCGUCGUGGAUUGGGGCGCGCAUGUGGUCAAGCCGGCGGUGUUGGCCGCGGCGUACCCGAGCUGGCUGAGUUACCCGGACUAUGAGUACCCCCAGCUCAAUGCAAGGGAUGGGAAGUAUAUGGAGAGCGCGGAAGAGGCGGAGAGGCUGUGUGUGAGGUUAGACAAUAUACUGCUGGAACGAGAUGCGGAGUACUACAACGCGCUGAAGGAAGGGGUGUUCAUACGGAUGGCGGAGGCAUGGCUGAAGGAUCCAAAUUCGGACUUGCACCAGUUGCAGGCAGUGAUGAGCCAUGCGGUAGUGAACAUGGUGUAAAGGUCCUGGGGCACGGAGGGAUUCAGGGAGCUUUUUGGCGAACACUUGCAGUACUAGAAAUAGUGUACACCCGGCGCGGUCGACUGCCGUACAGUAUAUAUGGCUACAGAUUCUGGACACGGAUAUCGUCGCUUGACUAUCCUUCGUCCAUGGCGUCCGCGCCGGCUUUCCACCACGACACAGGCCCCAGUCCCUGUUCUGCAAUCGAGCACUACACCUAGUAAAUCACAAGCA